AUGGAGACGACACUACCCUUCCCCUUCCUGAUCAGCGUGGCAGUCCCGCCUGGCCUGGCCAAGCUGGACGGCCUCGACCGCGAGCAGGUCUCGAUACUUGGGGCCCCCUUCUUCGAGGCCAACGACCAGACCCUGGAGAAGUUCCACAGCUUCCUGAAACAGCACAAUGCAGAGUUCCGCGGCUACUUUGACGUCACGGGUAUCUCAUCGCGGGACGACGUCGUCUCCCUGCUCGACGCCGGCGCCCGCAUGGUCUUCGUCUCUCCAGAGAACCUCGCCCAGUACGAGGAGUUCGGCUCCCGUGUGGGCUCCGUCCUGUCGACGGCCGACGUCCCGACCAAGGCCGCUUCCAAACACGCCGUUCUCGUCAAGGACUUUGACUCGACGACGUGCGACCUGGGCUCCUUCAUUGAGCACUGCAAGGUCGAGAAGUUGCCCAACCUGUUCAUCAAGCCCGUCCCCGAGAGCAACCUCGAGCACUUUGUCGACAUUGCCAAGCAGUGCAAUGCCGUUCCCAUCUUGCCGUCCGACGGUCUGACUGCCAGCAAGGAGGAGUCCAAGAAGCUCUCCCUGUCUAAGCUCAUUUCCUCGUUCUGGAAGUCUGACCGGCCCGACGGCCUCAUCCCUACCGUCGUUUGCGACGAGUCUGGUACCGCGCUGGGUCUUGCCUACAGCAGCGCCGAGAGCGUCGGCGAGGCUCUGCGGACCCGGACCGGCGUCUACCAGAGCCGCAAGCGCGGCCUCUGGGUCAAGGGCGCCACGUCCGGAGACACCCAGGAGCUCGUCCGCAUUGCUUUGGACUGCGACAAUGACACGCUCAAGUUCGUCGUCAGGCAGAACGGUGGCUUCUGCCACCUGGACCAGCACGGCUGCUUCGGCGACCUGAACGGCAUUCCCAGGCUCGAGCAGACACUGCAGUCGCGCAAGAAGUCCGCGCCUACAGGAUCUUACACUGCCCGUCUGUUUUCCGACGAGAAGCUCUUACGGGCGAAGAUCAUGGAGGAGGCGGAAGAGCUCUGUGACGCCAAGACCCCCCAGGAAGUCGCCUUUGAGGCGGCCGACCUGAUUUACUUUGCCCUCACCAAAGCUGUGAGCGCAGGUGUCAGCCUGGCUGACAUUGAGAGGAAUCUAGACGCUAAGGCGUUCAAGGUGAAGAGGCGGACGGGAGAUGCCAAGGGCAAGUGGGCUGAGAAGGAAGGCAUCAAGACCGCUACAGCACCUGCACCUGUGGCAGCGCCCGCACCCGCACCCGCGGUCAAGGAUGACAAGUCGGACAGAAUAACGAUGCGCCGCUACGACCUGACCAAGUCCUCCGCCAUCGAGAUCGACGAGGUUCUGAAGCGUCCGUCACAAAAGUCUCCCGACGCCAUCCUGAACAUCGUCAAGCCCAUCAUUGACGAGGUCCGGAACGGAGGCGACAAGGCCGUCUUGUCCUACACCCACAAGUUUGAGAAGGCGACGUCUCUGACCUCCCCCGUUCUCAAGGCUCCUUUCCCCAAGGAGGCCAUGCAGCUGUCUCCCGAGUCGACUAAGGCCAUUGACAUUUCGUUUGAGAACAUCCGCAAGUUCCACGCCGCGCAGAAGGAGGAUAAGCCCCUGCAUGUCGAGACCAUGCCCGGCGUCGUUUGCAGUCGCUUCUCCCGUCCCAUUGAGCGCGUCGGUCUCUACGUUCCUGGCGGCACCGCUGUCCUUCCCUCCACGGCCCUCAUGCUCGGCGUUCCCGCCAUGGUCGCCGGCUGCCAGAAGAUUGUCUUCGCCUCGCCUCCCCGCUCGGACGGCAGCCUUACCCCAGAGAUCGUCUACGUCGCCCACAAGGUUGGCGCCGAAAGCAUCGUUCUUGCGGGCGGUGCCCAGGCCGUCGCUGCCAUGGCCUACGGCACUGAGAGCGUGACCAAGGUCGACAAGAUUCUCGGCCCUGGAAACCAGUUUGUCACAGCGGCUAAGAUGUUCGUCAGCAACGACACCAACGCCGGCGUCAGCAUUGAUAUGCCCGCGGGACCCUCUGAGGUCCUCGUCAUCGCCGACAAGGACGCCAACCCCGCCUUCGUUGCCUCGGACCUGCUUUCUCAGGCCGAACACGGCGUCGACAGCCAGGUUGUUCUCAUCGCCAUCGAUCUUACCGAGCAGCAGCUGCAGGCCAUCGAGGAUGAGCUACACAACCAGGCCAUGGCACUGCCCCGUGUCGACAUCGUCCGUGGCUCCAUCGCCCAUUCCGUCACCAUCCAAGUCAAGACCGUCGAUGAGGCUAUGCGCAUCAGCAAUGACUAUGCUCCUGAGCACCUGAUCCUCCAGGUCAAGGAUGCCGAGAAGGUGACCGAGAAGGUCAUGAACGCCGGCUCUGUCUUCAUUGGCGAGUGGACGCCCGAGAGUGUUGGCGACUACUCUGCCGGUGUCAACCACUCUCUGCCCACGUAUGGAUACGCAAAGCAGUACUCGGGCGUCAACCUCGCUUCCUUUGUCAAGCACAUCACCAGCUCAAACCUGACGGCCGAGGGCUUGCGCAACGUCGGCGAGUCCGUCAUGCAGCUCGCCAAGACGGAGCAGCUCGAGGCUCACCGCAGAGCCGUGGAGAUCCGCAUCGACCACCUGAACCGCAAGUAG